AUGAACGGUAUUGUAACCCAGCCCGAUCCAGCCUACAAUGCUCUAGAGGCGACAUUUAGUUGUUUACCGAACUACUGGUUGUCAGGAGAGAAUGUUCUGGUAUGCCUGGUAUCAGGUGAAUGGAACAGUGACUCACCCACAUGUCAGCCAAACUGUCCGAUGUUAACCCCACCAGCUAACAGUCUGGUGAUACAUAGCGGUUUAACACCAGGAUCUACAGCAACAUAUGUGUGCAAUCCACUGUACACGUUGGCUGGCUCGUCCACUAGGGAAUGCUCAGAGACAUCAAUGUGGUCCGGACUGGAGCCAUCAUGCCUCGGAGAUUGUCCAACUCUUACGGCUCUUGAACACGGCGGUAUUACGUACACGGACAAUUUGGCCUUCGGAAGUAUUGCCACUUAUACGUGUAGUCCUGGAUACAAACUGUGGUAUGGUAGUGAAAAUCGAGAAUGCUUGCAGGAUUCAACAUGGUCCGGAUCAAUCCCCACAUGUAUUGCAGAAUGCGAGGAAAUUGACGUACCUGACAACAUGCGUGUAAGCUAUUCCGAGGACGGCUCAGUUGUCACGUUUUCCUGUCGAAACGGCUACCGAUUGGUCGGUCCUGAGUCCUCGACUUGUUCAGAUAACAGUUGGGAUGGACAACAACCUCUUUGCCUUAAAGAAUGUACCUUGAGAAACAUUCCCCAUGCUAUGGUGUCUGGGCCCUACCCGCCAUAUGUGGGACAGUCUAUCACCGUCGACUGUUCUGACAGAUACAGUCUUGUGGGGCCGUCUCAGCUAGUCUGCACAUCAGAUGGAACGUUUGACAAGGAUGAUUCUAUUUCUUGUGUCAGAAGCUGUGAGCCACUGACAGCUCCUACAAAUGGCAUGAUCGAUUCUGAAGGGUUCUACGCAGUACGGGAAACUAGGUUUUACUGUAAUGACGGGUACCUUCUAGCUGGAGUUUCGGACAGGCUGCUGUGUACAGCAUCGGGCAAAUACAACCACGAUCCACCAACAUGUGUGCCAGAUGUAUCGCCGCCCGAAAUGUUUGUCGCUGUACCUAAGGUGUGUGCAGUAAUCUUUAAACCUGGAUCAUCUACUGCUGAUAUGAAGGCGGUGAUUGAAAAGGACGUUUUACAAGGUGUUUCUGUAUUAGGCAAUAUCACCAUAGAUGAAAUAAGUGUUUCAAACAGGGGCAACGGUUCUCAUUACUUUUGCUUCGUUCUGUCAAAGGCAACGUUAGACGACGAUAUUGUAACCGACAUUGGAAAGUCAUUUAAAGAUUUACUGAACACUACCAGCAAUAAACCAGCGUUCCUGGCCUCUACAAUGAGAUUUGAGGGAAUGCCUGAGUUUGACUAUGGUGCAAAUAAAGCGGUUCCGAUAACAUCUUCCUGCUUCUGGCUGCAAUACAGAGAAAACUGUGUUGACAAGGAUAAGUGCAUAGAGGAAGACAAUCAGCAGUUAUGCUUGUGCGAAGAAACGCCGUGUGGGGAACCGAUGGAAUUUGGCAUUUUUGCUAUACCAUUUGUAGGCUUCUUCAUAAUGUGCAUAUUAUGUUUCGGAGGAUGUUACACACAUUGCGAUUGGAGGAAACGUCCAUAUAAAAAUUUUGAUGAAGAAGAAUCAGCCAGUUCUUACACCCCGGCGGUGGUGUUCCCAUCCAUAUUGCCAAGAUUAAACAAAAUUAAUACAACAACAACAGUCAUACAAGAAGAAGUAGAAACUUUUGAGCCAUUGCACGUUAUAGAGGAAAUUCCGGCAUCAGAGGAGAGGUUUUAACUAUGCAUAAAAGAUAUGAAAACACGUUUGUGACUCAGUGUUUGAGAGGACUUGUAUAAUAGAGACAGUCUUUGUUAAUUUGAAAAUGUAUUUAUAGUGUAGAAUAUAUAGCUUACCAGUUUUUCAAAAAUGCAAUGAAAGCUGUAGGGACAAAUCAUGUAGUCGAACACUUAAACACAAAACCCUGUUAAGGGGCACAAGGCAAGGGGCCAAACUACAACAAGCUGGAUUAUGUGCGUUUAACCAUUAAGGUUAUUUGGAUAUGAUCUACAUAGAUGAUGUUGGACAGAAAGAAAUGUAUACACUUGUUCGCCCUGAACGCAAUCUUUAUGUUACAAAAAAUAUUGUUGAAAACCAACAGUGGGCUUACGUUUUUGUUAUGUCUAAUAUUGUUACUUAAGAUUAUUAACUUGAUUUACAUACAUGAAUGAAAGCAAUUUAUUUAAUCAAAUUAUGUAGUUGCUGUAUAUGCUUAUUCGAUAUUCAAUCCUAUUUUUGUUAAUUGUCUAACUUUGUAAUAUAUUUGCAUCGAAUCACUUGAAAACACUGCAUUGUACAUGGUACUCGUCCACACGGGCUAUGAC